AUGAAUUACCAGCAAAACUAAUCUCAGCAAUAUUAUAAUAAUACUUUAUAAAAUCGUUUAGAAUUAAUUGAAAGUAAUUUAGCAAGAGUGUGUAACUAACAUGAAGCCUUAAUGCCUUUAUUAUCUUUAUUAGAAAUAGUUCCAAGAAUAAACAAUAGCGAAAAUAAUUUAAAGUAAAUAACAUAAAGAAAUAAAAAAGAUAUUUCAAAUCUCCUUUCAGAUUUCAAAAAUUAAAUUUAAUAAUCUGUUAAAAAAUAAGAAGAAAAGUAAUUACAUUCUAAAAAUAAUGCACAUGAAAGUAAGUAACAACAUGAAUUAUAAGAAAAAGUAUUUCUUAAUAAAAAAACAAAAAAAAUUAAUUUUGUUUUUUUAUAUAUUUAUAUAUAUAUAUAUAAAUAGGUUAAUCAUUAUAUGGAUAAAGUCUAAAUCUAAUAUUAAAAAGACAUGACUAAUUUAUAUCGAGAAAUAGGAAUGAUAAGAAAUGAAAUCGAACUUGCCUAUGAUAAAGAGAGAAGAAGUAAUAUAUUUGAAUAAAUAAAUUAAUUUCCUAAAGACUUGGAUUAGAAUGAUAAAAAGCUUUCAAUUGCAAAUUUAGAAUAAAAUGUUUUUUUUUCUGAUAUAGAAUAUUUUGACAAGGAAAAUUAAGAAAGGCUUAUAUACGAAUUAGAUUGUCUAAAAUAUAAAGUAUAAUUUUUUAUAUAAAUAAAAUAAACAAAAUAUAAAAAAAGAUUGAAUAAAUAAGCCAUAUUAUUAUGA